UGCACAGUGAUUGUUAAAUCUCUCACUAGAACUGCUUACUUCCCAAUGAACAUGGAGUCUGUUUGGAAAGCUGCUUUUGACAGAGAGAUUGAGGAGCAGGGUGUCCCCCAUCGCUGGACAUUUACCUUGGAUGAUACAUUCGAAACAAAGCGUGGGUGGCUGCAGUACAUGCAAUGCACUUUUGGCAGAUUCUGCUGCUCAUGUUGUUCUCGUUGGUGGAACUCGGCACAAGUGCAUAUUGCAUUUAUGAUAACAUCGGACAGAACCUUGAGACAUGGCAAAGUGAAGAUAAAAAUCUUCAGGCAGAAGUGCAAAAGGUGUAGCUUGGCGAUCCUAGAAAAUCCUGAGAUAAGCCAUGAAAAUAUUCAAAGAGUAAUCCAUAAUCUGGUAAACAAGAUCCAGCGCACAUUCUAUUUGAAGAACAGUGGAAAUCCAGACUUGCAGCCUAUUGUCUACAGUGAUUACUUUGAGGGUCCACAUGAACAAGCCCACUGUGAAGCUUGCAAGCUGCAAGUAUGUCCGUGGCAAACAAAUGAAAAGAAGCCACAGAAACCGGUUAACUGUGAGGUGCCACGUGUUCCAAGAUUACCAGUUUAUCUUCACAGACAAACAAAUAUCCCCAGGGCCACGUAUGGUUCUUCAUUUCUUGAUGAAAGUCAAACAAAUCAGGAAGAGCCAGAAUUUGUAAAAAUAAUAAUAGUCAUACUUAUUGUGUUAAUUUUAUGUGUCAUUCUUCCAAACGAUUUCAAAAAGUAAACAUGACAAUAGGUGAAGAUGGC